UGCUAUAAGUGAACCGGCCGGUUCACUCCUCACUCUUAAACCGCUCAUUUGAAUCUCUAAACCCUAACAACAGAAAUUGAAUCUCUAAACCCUAACAACAGAAAGAAAAUGUUGGAGAGCAGAUUGAUUACGAUCAUUAGGAGGAGCAAAUCAAUCAAUCAAAGAUCGUUCUUUUCAUCUUCGAAAGAUAUUUACAGUCGAUCUUCUCUGAACAGCCACUCAACUUACCGGAAUGUUACUGAUCCUACAGUCAGAAGCUGCUUCAUCAAUGGCUUUCGAUCUCUACACAAUUUCAACAAGGGUUUAUACAAGCCAUCUAUUAAGUAUAUGACUACUAUGGCUGCAAGUGCUUGCAAGGAAAACAAGGAGACGGUGAAGCUUCUUGUUACUGCUGGACCUCAUGCUCAGAAAGCAAUAGGAAUAUGGCUUUUUGCAUCGGCUGCAUGGGUCUUCAGUAUGGUUAUUCUCGGUGGUGUCACACGCCUUACACGAUCUGGUCUUUCGAUGACUGACUGGAAGUUUACCGGCAGCCUUCCUCCUUUGUCGGAUGAAGAUUGGUUGAUUGAGUUUGAGAAAUACAAACAAUCCCCGGAGUUCAAGCGUGUGAACAGGGGAAUGAAUAUUGACGAUUUUAAGUUCAUUUAUUGGAUGGAAUACGCGCAUCGUAUGUGGGGAAGGGCGCUUGGGGUCAUGUUUGCGGUCCCAUUUUCGUAUUUUAUUCGAAAAGGUUAUAUUAAUCUACGGCUUGGAGUUAGACUCGCGGGUCUGUUUGCUCUUGGUGGUGGGCAAGGGUUGAUUGGCUGGUGGAUGGUUAAAAGUGGUUUAGAAGAGCCACCUUCAGAAUACUCUCAACCAAGAGUAAGCCCAUAUCGUCUAGCUGCUCACCUGACUUCAGCUUUCGCUAUAUACUGCGGUCUCUUUUGGACUGCUCUUACUGUUGUUAUGCCCGAACCUCCAACUGAGUCAAUAGCUUGGGUCAAAGGGGCUGCAAAAGUCAAACGGUUUGCUCUUCCUGUUGGCAUCUUAGUUGGUAUAACUGCCGUCUCGGGAGCCUUUGUGGCAGGAAAUGAUGCAGGACAUGCGUUUAAUACAUUUCCAAAGAUGGGUGACUCGUGGAUCCCAGAAGAUGUUUUGAGUAUGAAGCCACUUAUCCGUAAUUUCUUUGAGAACACAGCAACUGUGCAGCUUGAUCAUCGUAUACUUGCAACUGCAACCCUAGCAUCAAUAUGUGGCUUAUGGCGGUCAACAAGAAAAUUUGACCUACAUCCUGCUAUUCGAUCAUUGAUUGGAAGCACUGUAGGGAUUGCUGCUCUCCAGGUUACUUUAGGCAUUUCAACUCUUCUAUCUUAUGUGCCGGUUUCACUUGGCACAGCUCACCAAGCUGGGGCCUUGACUCUGUUAACCUUUAUGCUCCUCCUUAAUCACACGCUACGCCGACCAUCAUCCAUGGUUCUAAAAUCGCUUCCUGCAGUUGCAAAGAUAAUUUAACUAAUAAUGAUUAAUUGAUUACUCAGCACAUUGUUUUAUAUUUUAGAUGUUUUCUAUUUACAAAUAUUUGAUAAACUUAAAAUAUAAUGACUGCUUUGGAAUUGAUGAUCCGUUUUCGGUUAUCUUUUUAGGUAAAUAAGAACAUUGUUGUUAAAAUUAGAAUGAUGAACUGAUUGAUACUUU